AUGUCCAAGGUUUACCCCAAGCAUCUCUUCUUCCCAUCAUCAUCAGCUUCUUCUUCUAGUUCUUCCCCUGUUUCAUGGACGCCUCCCCCAAUACCUUCGCCUCCCUACUUGGAGAAAUCACCCAAAUGCUCUAAAGUUAAACAUGCAACGUUCACUGUCUGGAUGAAGUCUUUGCUUUUCAACAGCAGCGGCUGCACGGUGUUCGACUGUAAUGGCAAAAUAAUCUAUCGAAUCGACACCUACGGUCACAAAUUCAACGACGAAAUCUAUGUGAUGGAUAUUGAAGGGGAAGUCUUGGUUACCUUAAUUAAGAAGCAAAUGUGCUUGGCUGGGCAUUGGGAAGGAUACAGGUACGAGGAAAAAGAUCCAUGGUUCAAGUUCAAAAACUCAUGGUUUUCUAAGUGGCGCUCUGUCAACUAUAUCACCGUCUUAGAGGGAAACCGAUCUACUUGCUACAAGGUGGAGGGCUCACCAAGCAAACCGGAGAUGAAGAUAGUGGAGCCGGCAAAACAACAUGUAGUAGCACAGGUGAAGAAGAAGAAGUCGAGCUCAGGAGUGCUGCUGGGUGAUGAUGUGUUGAGCUUAGCGGUGGAGCCCAAAACCGAUCCUUCUCUCAUUGUUGGCAUCAUUUUUGUACAAACUAUUAUGAAGCACCAAAUCUGA